AUGCUGGCACCCCCAAUCCAUCACACUGGCAUCCUCACUCCAUCACGCUGGCAACCCCACUCCAUCACACUGGCACCCCCACUCCAUCACACUGGCAACCCCACUCCAUCACACUGGCACCCCCAGUCCAUCCCGCUGGCACCCCCACUCCAUCACACUGGCACCCCCACUCCAUCACACUGGCACCCCCACUCCAUCACGCUGGCAACCCCAAUCCAUCACGCUGGCACCCCUACUCCAUCACGCUGGCACUCCCUACUCCAUCACGCUGGCACUCCCCACUCCAUCACGCUGGCACCCCUACUCCAUCACGCUGGCACCCCCACUCCAUCACGCUGGCACUCCCUACUCCAUCACGCUGGCACUCCCCACUCCAUCACGCUGGCACCCCUACUCCAUCACGCUGGCACCCCCACUCCAUCACGCUGGCACUCCCCACUCCAUCACACUAACACCCCCACUCCAUCACGCUGGCACCCCCACUCCAUCACACUGGCAUCCCCUACUCCAUCACGCUGGCAACCCCACUCCAUCACGCUGGCACCCCCACUCCAUCACGCUGGCACCCCCACUCCAUCACGCUGGCACCCCCACUCCAUCACGCUGGCACUCCCACUCCAUCACGCUGGCACCCCCACUCCAUCACGCUGGCACUCCCUCUCCAUCACGCUGGCAACCCCAAUCCAUCACGCUGGCACUCCCUACUCCAUCACGCUGGCAACCCCACUCUAUCACGCUGGAACUCCCUACUCCAUCACGCUGGCAACCCCAAUCCAUCACGCUGGCAACCCCACUCCAUCACGCUGGCACUCCCUACUCCAUCACGCUGGCACCCCCACUCCAUCACACUGGCACCCCCACUCCAUCACACUGGCACCCUCACUCCAUCACGCUGGCAACCCCACUCCAUCACGCUGGCACUCCCUACUCCAUCACGCUGGCACCCCCACUCCAUCACGCUGGCACCCCCACUCCAUCACGCUGGCACUCCCUCUCCAUCACGCUGGCAACCCCAAUCCAUCACGCUGGCACUCCCUACUCCAUCACGCUGGCAACCCCACUCUAUCACGCUGGAACUCCCUACUCCAUCACGCUGGCAACCCCAAUCCAUCACGCUGGCAACCCCACUCCAUCACGCUGGCACUCCCUACUCCAUCACGCUGGCACCCCCACUCCAUCACACUGGCACCCCCACUCCAUCACACUGGCACCCUCACUCCAUCACGCUGGCAACCCCACUCCAUCACACUGGCACCCCCACUCCAUCACGCUGGCACUCCCUACUCCAUCACGCUGGCACCCCCACUCCAUCACACUGGCACCCCCAUUCCAUCACGCUGGCACCCCCACUCCAUCACACUGGCACCCCCACUCCAUCACGCUGGCACCCCCACUCCAUCACACUGGCAUCCCCUACUCCAUCACGCUGGCAACCCCACUCCAUCAUGCUGGCACUCCCUACUCCAUCACGCUGGCACCCCCACUCCAUCACGCUGGCACCCCCACUCCAUCACACUGGCAUCCCCUACUCCAUCACGCUGGCAACCCCACUCCAUCAUGCUGGCACUCCCUUCUCCAUCACGCUGGCACCCCCCUCCAUCACGCUGGCAACCCCACUCCAUCACGCUGGCACUCCCUACUCCAUCACGCUGGCAACCCCACUCCAUCACGCUGGCACUCCCUACUCCAUCACGCUGGCAACCCCACUCCAUCACGCUGGCACUCCCUACUCCAUCACGCUGGCACCCUCACUCCAUCACGCUGGCAACCCCACUCCAUCACGCUGGAACCCCCUACUCCAUCAUGCCGCGCUGA